AUGUGCAGAGAUUUGUCUUACAACUAUUUCUCAGGAAGCUUUCCCCGAUGGGUAACCACAAUAUCGCAACUUCUUCCUGGAUUGAAUUGCCUCCCGAGGAAUUUUCCAUGCCAUCGAAGUACCCCACGAUAUGCGAACUUCUCAAUCAAGUGUGGAGGACCACAAAUGAGAGGAAAUGAUGGCAUAUUGUAUAAGGCUGAAGACUCAGCUCUUGGCCCAGCAACAUUUAAUGUAACCAGUACACAGAAAUGGGCUGUUAGCAAUGCGGGUUUUUCUGAUAAUUUGAAUCAAUCAUUUGUGGAAACCACCCUUACGCAAGUCUCCGGUGCAGAUUUGACACCAGAGCUUUACAAGACUUCAAGAGUGUCCCCAGGUUCACUGAGAUACUAUGACCUGGGUCUUCAAAAUGGACCUUAUACUGUCUCAUUGCAAUUUGCAGAAACGGUUUUUGCUAGCCGCGAUACACAAACGUCACAAAGUCUAGGAAGGCGUGUAUUUGAUAUCGAUAUUCUAGGGUACCUCAGAAGGAAGGACUUCGACAUAUCGAAGCAGGCAGGUGGGGUUAACAGAGCAGUUCCAAGACCCUUCAAGGUUAAUGUGACAGAGAAUUACCUGGAUAUUCAUCUGUUCUGGGCUGGUAAGGGAAUAUGUUGCAUACCUGAACAAGAUCUUACACCAACUACUCCAGGAAAGAAGAGCAGGACUGGGUUGAUAGUUGGUAUUGCAGUCCCUGUCGGAGUAGUGAUCUUGCUAUUAUUAUUUGCAGUUUUAUAUAUGCGGAGAAAAACAUCAGAAAAAGAUGACGAUGAAGAUCUUCUAGGAUUAGGUCCCCGGCCAAAUACUUUCAGUUCUGCUGAGUUGAGUGCUUUAACCGAAGAUUUUAAUCCUUCAAAUAAGCUAGGAGAGGGGAGGAUAUGGACCUGUUUAUAA